CUUUAAAUCUAAAAUGUAUUCACGUUUUCCGGAUUCCUCUUUCAAUCUAAAAUGUAUUCACGUUUUCCGGAUUCCUCCGAAACGCGGUCGGGGAUUUGAAACAGUUGGCGUUUCGAUGGACUCUUUGUUGUACAGUUUUAGUUUCGUUGUCUAGAUGAAAGGGGCGACUUCCCUUCGAAUGCAGCGGAUGGAUGUUGGAUUUGAGGUUUAUUUCCGGCUCCAGGACAGCGACGUCAGAGAGGGUCUAUUUAGUGCGUCUUGAAGGAAAAUCCAGAUGAGGGAAGUUCAGGAUUAAAGGUUUUCAGAGAAUAAUCACAAGGGAAUGAAAUGACAUUUUAUAUCAAGCCACCACAAGGCACAGUUUCUCUCUACAAACUCUAUGAAGAAGCUGAAGUCCGACUGCAGUAUCUAGUUCAGAUAAACCAGCACUGGGGUGAUGCAACUAAAAUCAGCAGCAUCCUCACCGACAACCCACGUUUAGCAUCAAAGUCGGAGUGUCUCAUUGAGGGAUCACGCAAGGAUCAGAUCUCGCACUUCAUUUUAAGAUUUGUUUGUACUGAGAGCAGGCAGUUACAAGAUUUUUUCACUGAAGCAGAAACCCAACUGUUUGAAUAUCGGCUAAAAUGUGGUGGCGCUGAAACAUUUGUCCGCUGUCUAACUGCAUUAAAGCGACACAUACAGCAUUCUUUAAAGCACCAGAAAUUGUCUUUGUCUCAUGAAAAAUGGUUGCAGGAACUGCUCAGAAUUAUAAGGCAGAUUAUUACUUCAGGGAUGAUACUUUGCAGUGAAAGACAGAACUGCAGUCACUGUCUUAGAGUCCCUUGGACAAUGGUGCCCAUUAUGGUGAAGAAUCACACAGUAGAUAUUAUUAAGGGAGAAGCUGAGAUUAAAUGUCAACACUUGUUGCCUCUCCUGUGCUCUGUUUUUCAUGGAACUUUGGAAUUUGGAAUAAAACAGCUGUCUCUCUAUGGGGGUGAUUUAUUUGAUGAUAAAAGGCUGGAGUCAGUAAGGAGGAGUCUCUAUAAAAUAUACAGAAAAAUACAGAGUAAUGGCUUAAGACUUCAAAAACUUACUCUAACUCACAGGGACAUUGAAACAGAGGCUCCUUUCUUUCCCCUUUGCAUGCAACAACUACACAGCAUUUUAUUGAGAAACAAUCGCUUGAGACACCAUGAAAGAUUUAAGUACACCCUCUUUUUGAAAGAUAUAGGUUUGCCACUAACAGAGAAUAUACGCUUUUGGGAAGAUUUUUACUCAAAGCCUCACUGUACAUCUACAAGUGGCUGCACUCAUUCUUGGGCUGGCAACGACAGAAAACGUUACGUGUACAGUGUCAAGCAUUUGUAUGGACUGGAAGGAGGCAGGAAGAACUAUGCAUCUCAUUCAUGUUCUUCUCUUCAAGCAUGUCAUCCUCAGCCAACUGAGGUGAGAGGCUGUCCAUUCACUUCAACAAGUGCAGAGGAAGUUUCUACAUUAAUAAAGAAAUUUGUCCCUCACAGUACAAAUAUUCUAGACAAUGUAAUGAAGGAGGUGGUAUUAGGCAGACCAAGUGCUGCCUGCCAGUUAGUAUUUGCCUUUCAAGUGUUCAUACACAGACAGAGCAAUCAAUCUUGUGAAACUGAAACUUCCAGUAUUGUGGCAGAUAAAUUUGUACCUGAAAGGGAAAACUUCUGUAAUUCUUUGAACCUCAGUAAUGAAAGAAAAGAAUUACAGGAUAUUUCUAUGCUUACAAAUAAAGAUCAUGGAAGAUGGAAACCAAAACUAAAUUUAUCAGGCUUUGGCAGUAAAGAUUGCAGUAGAAAUGGUGAUGCAAGGGCUGUGAUUAGAUCAGAAAACAUCAAAUAUGACUGCAAGGGUAAAGAAGACUGCAAUUCUUGCCAUAGUUUUAGGACAGCCACAAAAGCUAGGUCAGAACACCUCAGUGAAAGCAGUGGUAUCAUGUUGUGUGACAUAGAAGAUCUGUAUAGUCUCCUGCCAGCCUGCAGUUUCACAAGACCUUCUCAUUAUUAUUUGUCUGUGAAGCAGGAACAAGGUGUAAUACACAGUAAUAAUUGAAUUUGUAGGGAAAGAGGUGCUUGAGCUACUUCUGUUCUUUUUCUCAUUUAUUGAUCAUUUAGAAUGCAUUUACUUUUUAUGGUGCAUGUUGACCCAGGUUUCAUGUGAACCAAAGGCUUUGUAUACAGUAUAGAGUUAGGCCUUUGUAGUUUUUUAUGAUGAAUAUUUAAAGAUAAGUAGAGAGAGAAGGUAAACUUUUUUCAUAUUUAACUUUCUUUUAAUACAGAGCUAUCUUCCAUCACUUAAAGAUUUUUUUCUAGGAUCUUGUGUGUGGAAGGUUAAAUGACAUAUAUUGCUCUGCAUUUCAGUCCAAUACAAAUACUUUUAAAUUAGAUAGUCCCAUAAUAAUAUUUUACAAAAGGUUUGAUGUAUACAUGUCUUCCGUACCAAAGUGUAUCCCAGAUUCUUAGGAUCCUGAAUUAAAAACCCUGUCACAGAACUAUGCAUCCGGGUCAUAGGAUUGAAACCCUUGUCUGUAUUUGUUAUCCUUCAUAUUAUUGGUUUUAUUCAUUGUGAUUUAUUCAUUUAUUUAUUUGUAAUAUGAAAUAAAAUAUGCUUUCAUGAAGAUUUAAAUUUCACUGUAAUUGCUACAGUAUCUAUUAUAUUAUGGCAAGGAAUUCAUUAUACAUGUUGGUUUUCUUUACAUUUUUGAAAGUUUUUUUUGAAGAUUAAUAGCUUCUCCUAACCCUUGUAAAAUGAAGUGUCUGUUACCGAUCAAGAAAAUUUAUUUGUUAGCAGAAACUGAAUGAUAACUGAUGAGGAUGAGGAUUGUUAUAUUCUAUUACAUUUAAAGCAGAAUGUUCAGCGUUCUGUGAUGCAUUGAAGAGGGUUUGAGAUUGUGGGACUCUGCCCUUUUUAUAGUACAAAAAAUAUGUCAACUAUAUAUAAUUUCUAGUAUUGCUCAAUAAUAUAUAUUGGUAUAUUCAUAAUUGUUUAUAUUAAUAUAAUACAGAUUUAUAUUAACAUAA